GGGCGUUGUAAUGGCUGAACAUCUCUGGAUCUGCAAAAGAGGAAGCACAAGAUUUGUUAGUAAAAAUAGAGCAAUAUGUGGAUAAGUAUAUUACUACUACAGUUCUAUUAAUCUCAUAUCACCAAGUUAUCAAACAUAUUACUAUGACUACUAGACCUGAGUUGAGGAGGAAGUCGUCCUCGUCGUCGGAUGAUGAGCUCAGGUCCUUCGCAGGCUGGAUGGCUUUUCCCUUUCCGGACUGGGUGGGAAUAGUAGGUCUGCGCUGAUCCUCUGGUUGAGGCUCCCUAAUGACGAGAUCAUGCCUGGUCGGACAAGGUCAUACCUGGGCAGACAAACAUAUGACUGGUCGGACAAGGUCAUACCUGGUCGGCAAUGACACUUUUCUGGCCAAUCAAAAUUCUUCAUCGGUCUACCAGGUUUCUCCUAAGCCAGGUCACCCAACCAUUCCUUGCCAUUUGUCAUUUCUAUUGCCACGUCAUCAUUUUAAAAUUUUGGGGAUAACACCUUGCAAACAGUUUUUGAGCACUCUAAAUAUUCUGUAUAAUCCUAGUGAUGACCACCAAAUCAUCCAUAUCUUAACAAAAGUCAUUAUGGCUUUAGCUUCCCAGCUUGCUGGUACAUAGUCAGGCAUUUUUUUUGUUCUUCUCCAUAAAACCUUUCUAUGCCAGAAAGCUUCAAUAUGUUUAUAACUAGGAGAAUGAAGGCACUAUUGGUCUAAGAACUGAUACUUUUUAAAUGGAUUAUGACCAAAACUGCUAUCAUAUUGAUCAGGUUGAUUUAAACAUAAAUCCUCAUCUUCCUUCUGAUUACAUAAUUUAUCUGGAGAAACCGUUGGAAAUUUUUAAGAAAGCCAAAAACACAGCUGGGAAUGACAUGUGGAGUUUGAUGCAAUUUACUGAGAAUUUGCGACACCACUUCAUGGAGAUCCUACCGAAGAAACUUCACGUAAGGAGAAUGACAGCAGACCUUGGAAUAAGCAAAAUAUAAAAAUGGAUGUUAUGGAACGGGAACAGUGCUUUUGAUAUUUGUUGCUUGAUAUACAAUUCAAACAGAACAUGUAUAUAAAUUCUUACAGCAGCAAAUGUCAGAAAUUCUCAAAUGUACAAGACUUUGACCAGUAGAUUCCGAAGAAAAAAGGCUUUUAUAAUUUGAUCUUACUUUAUUUGUAUCUGUUUUUUUAUGAACUAUGGAAUAUGAUUGGAUGAGAAAGUGGUUACACAGCUGCCAUAAUAAUAACAAAAUGGCCCCUCUUUCUUUUUUUUGGCCCACAUUUCGUUUUCUUUAUUCUUUCUAGAAAAAGAUAUAAAUAAUUGUUCUUCAUUUUGGCUCCACCAGUAGACUUGUCAUAGCGUUUUUUCAAUAACUUCCAUCAUCCAAUCCACAGAGCUUUGCUUUUGGAUUUCAAAAUUGAAACUUUGAUAGCUAUGAGCUUUCAAGAUGUUGCCCAACACCAAGUCCCCUCCCAAGGUGUGGCAGCAGCUAUUUUCCAGCUCAACACUUCCGUGGCUGCUUUUCGCCGGUUGGUGGAGGCCGUCGGAACCGCCAAGGACACUCCCGGCCACCGCCGCAAGCUCCAUGACAGCAGACAACGCAUACUGCAGAUAGUGAAAGAUACUACAGCUCAGCUGAAAUCCUUAACCCAAUCUGAUAAGCUUCACCAUCACCAUUUUUCAGCUGUCUCCAAGAGUAAGAAGCUAGAAGAUGCAAAGCUUGCAAGUGAUUUCAAAACAGUGUUACAAGAAUUCCAGAAUGUCCAAAACCUUGCCUCUCAGCGGGAAUCUUCUUACACUCCUACUUCAUCUUCAUUUGAAACAACCAUAACUGAAUCCACUGCGGAUCCCCAGUCCUCUCGCCAACCUUUCCUUCAGGAGCAUCAAAGGCAGGAAGAAGUUUAUAUGUACAGUGAAAUUGCUUUAAAUGAAGCCCUUAUUGAGGAAAGGGAGCAGGACAUGAAAGAAAUACAAUUCCAAAUCAAAGAAACAAAUGAGAUUUUCAAGGACCUUGCUGUUCUUGUCCAUGACCAAGGCAUAGUUAUUGAAGAAGUUAAUACCAACUUGGACUCUGCCUCUGUUGCCACUUCUGAAGCUAAUACUCAGCUGGCCAAGGCUUCCAAAAGUAUCAAAUCCAUGUGCUCUUGUUUUAGGUGGUGGAUGCUGGUGGUUCUUGUGCUGGCCUUGGUUAUCUUUCUACUUGUCCUUAUCUUAUAACUACAGUCUCUGAACUGAACUGAACUGAAUUGAAUUGAAUUGAUUGUUUGUUUGUUUGUUGUACCAUUGGUUUUCAUUGUUUGUUUUGUUCAUUUCUUCAUUAGUUACCAUGAUAUGGACUUGAACUUAACAAGGGUAAAAGUUGUGUGGAUUUCAAUGCAAAACAGAGUUAAAUA